AGUGCGCGCUCGGGGCCGUGCGCCACGCUUGGGUGACCCUGGUGGCAGUCGCUCCGUAUUCUCCUGCGGGUGGAGAGGCGGCGCGUCAUGGCGCUGCGGGGCGUCCGGGUUCUGGAGCUGGCCGGCCUGGUGCCCGGCCCGUUCUGCGGUAUGGUCCUGGCGGACUUCGGGGCGCAAGUGGUGCGUGUGGACCGGACCGGCGUCCGCGGCGGCAUAAGCUACCUGGCCCGGGGCAAGCGCUCGCUGGCCCUGGACCUGAAGCGGCCGCGGGGAGCGGCGGUGCUGCGGCGCCUGUGCGCGCGGGCGGACGUGGUGCUGGAUCCUUUCCGCGCCGGUGUCAUGGAAAAACUCCAGCUGGGCCCGGAGAUUCUGCAGAGGGAGAAUCCAAGUCUUAUCUAUGCCAGGUUGAGUGGAUUUGGCCAGUUGGGGAGGUUCUCUAGGUUAGCAGGCCAUGAUAUCAACUAUUUGGCUUUGUCGGGUGUUCUGUCAAAACUUGGCAAAAGUGGUGACAAGCCAUGUGCUCCGCUGAAUCUACUGGCUGACUUUGGUGGUGGUGGCCUCAUGUGUGCGCUGGGCAUCAUGAUGGCUCUUUUUGAACGUACACGCUCUGGCAAAGGUCAAGUCAUUGACGCAAGCAUGGUGGAAGGAACAGCAUAUCUAAGUACUUUCCUGUGGCAAACACAGGAAAUGGGCCUGUGGGAACAGCCUCGAGGACAGAACAUGUUAGAUGGUGGAGCUCCUUUCUACACAACAUAUAGGACAGCAGACGAGGAAUUCAUGGCUGUUGGAGCAAUAGAGCCCCAGUUCUAUGAGUUGCUGAUCAAAGGACUUGGACUCAAGUCUGAAGAACUUCCCAAUCAGAUGAGCACAACUGAUUGGCCAGAAAUGAAGAAGAAAUUUGCAGAUAUAUUUGCAAAGAAGACAAAGGCAGAGUGGUGUCGGAUCUUUGAUGGCACAGAUGCGUGCGUGACUCCAGUUCUGUCUUUAGAAGAGGCUGUCCAGCAUGGUCAUAACAAAGAACGAGGCUCCUUUAUCACUCACGGGGAGCAGGGUGUGAGUCCCCGCCCUGCACCUCUGCUGUCAAACACCCCAGCUAUCCCUUCUUCCAAAAGGGAUCCUUUUGUAGGAGAACACACUGAAGAGAUACUUAGAGAAUUUGGGUUCAGCCAGGAAGAAAUUGAUCAGCUUAACUCAGAUAAAAUUAUUGAAAGUAGUAAACCAAGAGCUAAUCUGUAAGUUUCCAGCCUCGCAGCUCAAGUGAAUUUGAAUACUGCAUCUAUGGUAUGGAAUAAUACCCAAAUUUUAGGUGUGGACACGUGAUCCAUCACAGUGGUCCCAUCGAAUUUUUCUAAGUAAGAAAUAAGACUGAUUAUACAGUAAUGAUUGAAUUGUGAAAAUGGUUAAUCAUGGCUUUUGAUUUAGGAAUGUUUUUAGUUUACCUAUACUAAUCCGUGGCAGUUUUUCUGUCUUCCAGUUUACUUGAUAAUUAUAUUUGUUGAUAUUGAAAUACUUAAAGAUUUAUAAUAUACUUUAAAUGAGUUAACAUCAUGCUUUUUAUUAAAUAAAGCUUUUUUUUCCCCUAAA